AUGUCUCGCGUCAUUGACAGACUUCCCACCCCAGAAAAGGUGAAGGAGAAGAAGGUCAUUGUCCUCAGCCGCAGCCGUGUCGGCACCUUUUCUCUAUAUCAGGGCCUCCAGAAGCUCGGCUACACUCCAUAUCACAUGUACGAAGUGGUUACCCACGGAACCACCCACCUCGCCCUCUUCGAGGAGUCUAUCCGCUGCAAAUACCAAGGCAUCGGGAAGCCGUAUGGCAAGGCCGAGUUUGACAAGUGGCUCGCCAACUACGACGCAAUUGUCGAGAUCCCGCAGUUCUUCAUUGAAGAGUUCAUCGAGUUCUACCCGAAUGCGAAAUUCAUACUCGUCGAGCGCGAUGUCAACGCCUGGGAACGAUCGCUGAACAAUACCAUUGCCGGCAUUCUCAAAGCUUGCCAUUCUUUCCCUAUGAACUUCACUCAGUACUUUGAUCCGUGGGUCAAGGCAUUCGUCGGCCUUCACCUUGCCUUUGAAGAAGUCAUCUUCCACAAUAAGGGCAUGGAAGGCGGCAUGGAAGAGGCCAAAAAGGACAGCAUCCUCGACGCGCAAAAGGUCAAAAGAUUGGUCCCAAAGGACCGACUCCUUUGUUGCACCCUCGAAGGCGGAUUUGGCUGGGAGCAAAUCUGUCCCUUCCUCGGAAAAGAGAUUCCAAAGGACCCGUACCCCAGAGGCAACGCACCUGCGCAGUUCCAGGAGCUUGUUAACCAUAACAUUACUCCUCAGAUAAAGGCCUCGAUGGUAAAGGCAGCUGGGACACUGCUGGUGCCGCUGGUGGGCGUGGGGAUGCUGGCAUAUAUGAAGUGGUGA